UUUUUUUUCUGCUUUGAUAGGGCUGUGCAGUCAGUGGUUACUUCUCCUGCGUGAUUCAUCAUGAUAACUCCAGCCUUUGAACUGAGCCAGGAUCCAGAUUUUCUUAAAAUAAUUAUCAAAAUACCUUAUGCCAGAGCUUCGGAGUUUGAUGUAUAUUUUGAAGGGGAAGAUUUUAAAUUUUAUGCUAAACCUUACUUUCUCAGAUUGACUUUACCUGGAAGGGUUGUGGAAGAUGGUAGAGAAAAAGCAUCUUAUAAUACAGAUGAAGGAACUUUUACAAUUCAGUUACCCAAGGAGAUUCCUGGCCAAUAUUUUGAGGGACUGGAUAUGCUGACGUCUCUUUUGACACCAAAGAAGUUAAAAUCAGCAACACCUUUAGUGGAAGAGAUAGCUGCCUCGGCUCAUUUGUCUGAGGAGGAAGAUGAUGAUGACUUUGACUGGGAAAUUGAGCAGACUCCUUAUGAAGAAACUGCAGAAAGCACUCUGCAACAAAAGUAUUGCUAUGGAUUUGGGAAUUUGCACUCAGCGGUGCUGCAGCGCCUGCAGGAUGAACUCACUGAUGUAAUUGACAUUAAGGAUCCAGAUCGAGUGCCUGUAAGUGAGCGUAGGAGGAAACGCCUGGCAGCAGAGGCAGCCAAGUUUGAUCCUGAUCAUUAUCUAGCUGAUUUUUUUGAAGAUGAAGCUAUUGAGCAUGUUUUGAAAUACAAACCAUGGUGGAUUGAUGCCCAUAAAAAAAAGACUGCCUUGCAGCAUCAGGAAUGUGACGGGCAAACUUUUGUUGUAUUCUCUGAAGAAGAGAGAGAACAGCUGAGGAAAUUCAAAAAUAAAUCUUAUCUUCUGGAUAAAAGAACCCGUCAUCAUGUAUAUCUCGGUUUAAUUGAUAUCCUUCUGGCCUAUUGCUAUGAAAUCUGUGUUAAUGAAGGAGACAAGAAUGUUGAAUCCCCUUGGAAUGUCAGGAAACUGAGUGCCACACUGUGUUGGCUGGAAGUAAGUUAA